CACCGCAAACUCCAAAUGACAGCUCGAGUUUCGAACUGCGCUUUCGAAAUUGUGGGCAUUUGUUUUUCUCCUCAGAGGCAACCUCAAAAGAGUCUUUUUCACGCCAAAAACCCGCAAAUCUGUGGAUUAAUCGCUCUUAAGACGAGAGUGACCAUGGCAUCGAUUCUCGCGACCACUCUGCGCUUCUCUCGUCCGCUGGUGGCUAGUGCCUCCCGGUUUGGAGCCACCGCCAGCGUGAGUCCCUUCAGCCAGCUCGCUGGAGCAUCUCGCCGGAGCAUCCUGGGUGCCACGAAGCCCAUCAACCUAGCCGCACCCGUGCAGAAGCUCACCACGAGCUCCGUGAAGAUGUCCAGCGCCGGCGGAAGUCAUCACCACGACAAGUUGUGGGUGUUCGAGAGGUUUCUUUCGGCAGGUUUGCUAGGUCUCCUGCCGGUGGCCUUUCUGCAUCCUUCUGCGAUUGGAGACACAAUUCUCGCCGCCGCGAUGGUUAUUCACAGCUACAUUGGAUUCAAGAGCGUUGUCACGGACUACGUACGUCCCGUGGUUUUCGGCACAGUUAUCCCGCCCAUUGCCCAAGGAUUGCUGCUCCUUCUGACCAUCGCCACCGCGGCAGGACUUAUCCAGUUCAUCCGGAAUGAUGUGGGUAUCGCCAAUGCGGUGAAGCGCGUGUGGGCAAUAAAACCAGCUCCGUAAGAUCUUAAAUUAUUGCUGUAUAUAUAAAUAAAUCUCGCGAGAUUAGAG